AUGGCGCGCCAUCAAAACAUCCGAAACCUCGACUACGAGGCAGAACUUGAGGAGUACGGAGCGUUCUCCGAUGAGGAAGAGGAGGAGCUCAGCCCAGAAGACCAGGUCCGCAUGAGGGAAGGCACAGCUCAGGUACUGGAAGCACUUGGUGUUGAGGCACACAAAGUCACAAAGGCGCAGAUAGAAGAGUCGCUGUGGCACUACUACUGGGAUGUUGACAAGACCAUCACCUACCUCAUUUCCAAGUACAUCGACCCGCCCAAGAAGCCUGCCAAGACUGCUCCUCCAAAGACAGCGCCAAAGCAAGAUGGCCUUCUUGGAGGUUCAGGAGCGCCCCCGAAGAUGUCCAAGCUGCAGCAGCUAGCAGCCGCCCGGAAGAAGAAAGCCGAAGAGAAGAGCGCCUCAGGAGAAGUUGAGCAGACACAAGUCAAGAUGACGGAGCUCACUGUCAACGACAACCAAGCAUCCAAGGAGAAUCGUCCGCUGGCUGGCGUGUUUGGCAAGCGGGUAAAGAUAUCAGAGACAACUGCUCAAGGACGCAUCCCUCUCACUAUGGCGGAGCCCACAAGACCCGAAAUACCACAAGCUCAAGCGCCGGAGGCUACUCCAAGUCAGCACCAGGAGGAGGAUCCAAUCGACCCGGAACCGGCGGUGGCACCGCCAAAAGCUCAACCGUCUGCUUUCGCGUCGACUCUCUUCGGCCCCUCAUCGGAUAGUCCCAAGCGCAGACCCCGCGAAGUCCCGGAUGCCUUUGGCAAACCCAGCCCAGAUGACGUGGUCCUUGCGGCUCAGGCGAAAGUCGCCACAGCCGGAAAGAAGUCUGCGAACGUCCACAGCAAAAAAGGGUCAUCUUCCGCAGAUGGCGUGACCAACCAAGUCAGCCAGCUCAAGAUAGACGACACACCCUUGCCAAAGAGCCGCAAUCUCAAUGUGCUCUCUGAAUUUGAAAAGCAGAAGGGUAAGAAGACUGCCAGUUUUGUGGUUGUCGGCCAUGUUGAUGCCGGCAAGAGCACCAUGAUGGGGCGACUACUACUCGACCUCAAUGUUGUCGACCAGCGGACCGUCGACAAACUUCGGAAAGAGGCGGAAAAGAUCGGCAAAACGUCUUUUGCUCUUGCCUGGGUAUUGGAUCAACGCCACGAGGAGCGUAGCCGAGGCGUCACCAUCGACAUUGCUACCAAUCGCUUUGAGACAGAAACUACUUCUUUUACUAUUCUUGACGCUCCUGGCCACCGGGACUUUAUUCCCAACAUGAUCGCUGGCGCAAGUCAGGCAGACUUUGCGAUCCUGGUUAUCGAUGCAAGCACAGGAGCUUUCGAGUCUGGUCUCAAGGGUCAAACCAGAGAACAUUCUCUUCUUAUCCGCAGCAUGGGUGUCUCGAGAAUCAUCGUGGCUGUAAACAAGCUCGACACGGUCAAUUGGUCCCAGGAGAGAUUCGACGAGAUCACGCACCAGGUUUCGGGAUUCUUGACAGCGACUGGGUUCCAGCCCAAGAACAUCGCGUUUGUACCCGUAUCGGGCCUCCACGGUGAUAACCUCGUCCGAAAAUUCACAGACCCAGCAGCGUCUUGGUAUACCGGUAAAACACUGGUGGAGGAGCUCGAGGCUUCGGAACCAAGUGCGAGGGCAUUGGCCAAACCCCUGCGGAUGACCAUUUCGGAGGUUAUGCGCACACCCCAGAGUUCUAUAUCGAUCACUGGCCGCAUCGACGCGGGCUCACUGCAAAUGGGCGAUGCGCUUCUGGUGCAACCAAGCGGCGAGAAGGCCUACGUCAAAUCUCUUCAGGUUGACGACGGAGAACCAGCGGACUGGGCCGUUGCCGGACAGAAUGUGGUCCUUCAUCUCAGCAACAUCGAUCCCAUUCACGUCCGCGUCGGAGACAUUGUAUGCGACCCUGCCAAGCCGAUUCAGUGUGUGGACACGUUCACGCUCAAGGCAUUGGCGUUCGACAUCCUCAUGCCCAUGCAGGUGGAUGUGCACAGGGGAAGACUCCAUGCGGCUGGAAAGAUCGAGGCUAUCGAUGCCAUCUUGGAUAAAGUGACAGGCAAGGUGACGAAGAAGAAACCAAUGAUUGUGAAACCAGGAACGGUUUCUAGGGUUAGGGUCACGCUACACUCAAAGGUACCACUCGAGGCAGGACAGAGGGUCGUGCUUAGGAGUGGUGGACAAACGGUGGCAGCUGGAUUGUUGGAAUGAUUGGGGUGGGGGUGGG